AUGCCUUCAAACACCGCAGCCAGCAUGUUCGGUGGAGCCGGGGGAAGGGGCUCCAGGGCGUCCGUGGCGAGCCUGGAGGGGCUGCGUAACGUGCUGCGCAACGAGCCCGACCGAGACUCCGCUCGCGCCGCGCCCGCCGCUCCACCGCCGCCGCCGCCUGCCGCCCCUGCCGCUCCCGCCGCCCCCGCGGAUGACAAGCAGACACUGCGGGGUCUGAAUGACCGGCUGUGCGGCUACCUGGACAGGGUGAAGCAGCUGAAGGAGGAAAACGACAGUCUGGAGAAAGAGAUUGACGAGAUUUUGGCCAAGAGGAAGACACCUGGGGGACGCGACUGGGAUGAGACAGAGAAACCCCUGGAUGACCUCAAGAACAAGAUCAAAGACAUCACCAUGGACAAUGCCAAGCUGCUACUCCAGAUUGAUAACACCAAACUGGCCAACGACGACUUCAAGAACAAGCUGAACGAUGAGAAAAAGGCCCGGAAGGAAUUAGAAAAGGACGUGGAGGAUCUGAGGAGGACCCAUGAGGACACCAAGCUGAACUGCAAGCAGACAAAGAAAGAGAUUGAUUUGGUCAAGGACGAGCUUGCACGCCUCAAGCAGGAGCACAAGGACGAGGUGGAUGCCCUGUGUGAGAAGAUCAAGGAGUCCGAGGUCAAGGUGGAGGUCGAUUCCCAGAAUUCCAACCUGUCUGAGAUUCUCAACAAGAUCCGCAGCCAGUACGAUAAACUAGCCAAGAAGAACCUGAAGGAGACUGACGAGUGGUACCAGAGCAAGUUUGACAACAUCAAGGUGGUGGAGGCCCAAAACACCGAGGUCUUGCUUUCUGGAAAGACAGAGCUCAAGGAUCUGCUCAAACAGAAACAAAUUCUGGAGAUUAAGAUCCAGAGUUUGCAUACUACGAUCCGAAAUCUGGAGGAAACCCUGAGGAACACCGAAGCUGAGUAUGGUCAGCGACUCGUCCCUCUCAACAAGGUGAUAAUGAGCCUGGCGGCGGAGCUGGAGAAGGUGAGGUCACAGGUGGAGCACCAGGUGGAAAUCAACAACAACCUGCUGUGUGUCAAGAUGAAACUGGAGUCGGAAAUCAAUAGCUACCAGCAGCUGAUCCAUGGGAUGACCACUGAUGCUGAAAGCUCGGAGUUUUCUUUAGAGGAUGCGGUGCGAAGCGACCAGCGAAAGCCUGACAGCAAGGUGCCCAAAGAGCAGGAGGAAGUGAGAGAAGGAGCCCUUGUGAAACCAGAAAGCCCCCCCUCUAACAAAUCCACCCCCCCAGAAGAUGCCACUGCUGAAGCGGAAACACGCCCUGAAGCGGUGGAAGGAGACCUUGUCGGGGCCGAGGCGGCUGCCGCCAAUAACGCGGUGGCUCGAAUCGCGCCAAGCGCCGGCACCACUGAAGAGAAAAAACCCAGGACCAAAACUAAGAAGGGCUCAUCUUCUUCCUCCUCCGAGAAUUAAGAUGAAAAGCCACAAAAUGAGGAUGAAGUCGCCAAAGCUUGAUCUUCAAAAGCUUUUUUCUGCUCUUUUCUGUCACUCAGCAAAGUAUCAUAUUAAACUGUGUCCUACUGUUGUUGCAAAACCUGAAAGGGCUUCUAUGAGGUUGACAGAUGUCAGUA